GGGGGGGGGGGGAGAGAUAGAGAGGGAGAGGGCGUUUUAGGCAAACAGGAGCCUCUGACGGACGGAAUGGCAUGCUCUCUGUCUCCACCGAACAGCGGGCAUCUGCGAAGUUUCCCUUUUUGCUUCCGUUAGAGAGAGUCAACUAGACGGCCAUGUUCCGAAGUGUCAGGUCUCGCUCGGAUGGGCCUUCUACCUGCCGAUACAACGAAAGACCAAAGGCCAACGACAAAGGCCAAUGCUCCUCCACCACUGUACUCCCAUUGCACUGCAGUCCACUGCAGUGCACUCCACUCCACUCCACUCCACUCCACUCCACUCCACUCCACUCCACUCCACUCCACUCCACUCCGAAGCCUAUCACCACAUAUCUCACCUACUCUACGGGAAGAUACCGAAACACAGAACAAGUACCUACCUCAGGGAGUACAAAGAGAGCGGGUGCAGGUGCCACUACCAGGAACCAAGUCUCAAGAAAGAGAGUUGGAAGUUCAAAGCCGUGCGAUUCGAAACACUGCAGUGAUUGCUUUUUUCUUCUUCUUCUUUCAUUUCUUUCUUUCCGGCAGAAAACUGCAAGAUGCGAGAUGCCAUUUCCAGCCGGCGAUGCAGCUUGGGGGCAAGCCGUGCAACGCCGGAGCCGGACGAGCCGGAAUGGAACUUCCCGAGCAGGCCGGCAGUGGGAUCGAUAUCCUCCGAGAGCGUCGACGAGGUGCUGGCGGAGUGGAUCUCACAGAAUGGAUCUCACGGAGAGAGAGCUUGGGGGGAGGGGAGGGGAGGGGUCUGGAGACGAGGGGGACGUCCGGAUUCCGACGAGCUGCAGUUGGAAGAAUCGGAAGGGGUUUUGCUCAUGUCAUGUCAUGCCUUGCAGGAAGGAAGGAAAGAAGGAAAGAAAAAAAGCGCCGAGACGUUCGCGGCAACAGCAAUAACAACGAUAACAGCAACAGACACGGUAGAUGGUGAAGUGCAGAAGAGACUCUGCCUACAUACAUACCUGCUUCCUCAUGUAUGAAGCAUGUAUGGUAGUUACCGCUCUCGCGCAGGAUUGACUCUAGAUAUCAUACAUACGGUAGAGUAGUUGCCUGCUUCUCUACCGUUCUCGCGAGCUCUCGGUUCUUCUACUAUAUUGUGCAUCUCUCCUUCAA